UCGAUUUGGCGGGAAAACACAGUCUUUUCCCGCCUCAUUCAUUGUCUCCUCCUCCUCCUAUUCUCUCUCCAUCUCUCUCUCUCCGUGUCACUCCAGCAAUCGGCGAUGGCUUCCGACUCUUCUCCUCUUCCCAACCGACGACGGGCCGGUUCGUCUUCCCCACCGGAUUCGAUCAGAAGAACCCCCUCUGCAUCGUCACCCGCCACUGGCAGACCGCCUUCCUCGACGCCUCGGCAACGGAAUCGUCGGGGCAGGAGGAACUCGACCGCGAGCAACUCUUCUGCUGGCUAUGACACCCCUUCUUCCAUCUCCGCGACGCCGUUGACUCCUUCAUCCGUGCCACCAACAGGCUCGAAUUUCGGUGGUGGCGGAUUCCCGCUCCCCAACACCCCGACGGACGAUGAACCCCCUUUUUCGUCGGAGGCCGGAGACACAGCGGAUACCCAGCCACCCACGCUCGUCUGGGGUACCACCAUCAGCGUAGAAGAGGUCAAUGCUGCCAUUCGCAGAUUUCUGAGCUCCCAUGACGGUGGGAAGUAUGCAAAAUACAUCGAACAGGUGAUAGAAUUGGAGGGGCAUUCCUUGAACGUCGAUGCUCAAGAUAUCUACACUUAUGAUCCAGACCUGUAUAACAAGAUGGUGAAAUAUCCGCUAGAAGUUCUCGCUAUUUUCGACAUAGUAGUGAUGGAUUUCGUGAUUAAACUCAACCGCAUGUUUGACAAGCACAUCCAAGCAAGAAUAUAUAAUCUCCGAUCAGCUACAAACAUGAGAGACUUGAAUCCAUCUGACAUUGAGAAAUUGGUGAUGGUAAGAGGCAUGGUCAUACGUUGUAGCUCCAUAAUUCCGGAGAUCAAGGAGGCCCAUUUCAGAUGUCUCGUCUGUGGUCACUUUUCUGAUCCCGUUGUGGUUGUUAGAGGUCGGAUCAACGAGCCUACUCGAUGUUCUCGACAAGAAUGCCUUGCGAUGAAUUCAAUGACGCUUGUUCAUAACCGAUGCAGGUUCGCAGAUAAGCAGAUCGUGAGACUACAGGAAACACCUGAUGCUAUUCCACAGGGAGAAACACCCCAGACUGUCAGCUUGUUGAUGCAUGACAAACUCGUGGAUGCAGGGAAACCUGGUGAUAGAGUUGAGAUAACUGGUGUAUACAGAGCUAUGAGUGUUCGAGUGGGACCAGCACACAGAACUGUAAAAUCUUUAUACAAGACAUACAUUGACUGCCUUCAUGUGAAGAAAACUGAUAAAUCACGGAUGCAAACUGUGGAUGACAUCAGUUUAGAUAACAGCGAUGUUGCUGCCUCAUCAAAAGAGGCUGAGGAUGCACCUCUGGAUUAUGAAGAAAAGGUAAAAGAGCUGCAAGAGUUGGCAAAACAGCCGGAUAUUUAUGAUAGGUUAACUCGUUCAUUAGCACCAAACAUAUGGGAGCUGGAUGACGUGAAGAAGGGGCUUCUUUGCCAGUUGUUUGGUGGAAAUGCUGUGAAGCUAAGUUCUGGUGCUAAUUUUCGCGGUGACAUCAACAUCUUGCUUGUUGGUGAUCCUGGCACUAGCAAAUCUCAACUUCUACAAUACAUUCACAAAUUAUCACCCCGUGGGAUUUACACUAGUGGCAGAGGCAGCUCUGCUGUAGGCUUAACUGCUUAUGUCUCCAAGGAUCCUGAGACUGGUGAAACUGUGCUUGAAAGCGGAGCUCUUGUUUUAAGUGACAAAGGCAUUUGCUGCAUUGAUGAAUUUGACAAAAUGUCUGACAAUGCACGUAGCAUGUUACAUGAGGUAAUGGAACAGCAAACUGUCUCAAUUGCAAAGGCUGGUAUUAUUGCUUCACUUAAUGCCAGAACAUCUGUUCUUGCUUGUGCUAAUCCUAGCGAAUCCCGCUAUAAUCCACGUUUAUCGGUUAUUGAUAACAUUCAUUUGCCUCCUACUUUACUUUCCAGGUUUGAUCUUAUUUACUUAAUUCUGGACAAGGCUGAUGAGAACACUGACAGGAGGUUGGCUAGACAUAUCAUUUCUUUGUUUCAUACAAGACCUGAGAGCAAGUCACAGGAUGUUUUAGACCUGCCAACUUUGACAGCAUAUAUUAGCUAUGCAAAAAAGCAUAUACAACCCAAGAUUUCAGAUGAAGCUGCACAAGCAUUUGUAACAGGUUAUGUGGAAAUGAGGAAGAGGGGAAACUUCCCAGGUAGCAGCAAAAAGGUGAUAACCGCAACACCCAGACAAAUUGAGAGUGUAAUACGUCUUAGUGAAGCUCUUGCUCGAAUGCGUUUCUCUGAGUUGGUUGAAGUAGAAGAUGUGGAGGAAGCAUUUAGACUGCUAAAAGUUGCUCUACAACAGUCAGCAAUGGAUCCUGCUACUGGAACAAUUGACAUGGAUCUCAUAACAACUGGAGUGUCUGCAAGCGAAAGAUUGCGGAAGCAAAACCUAGUGGAGGCUGCAAGGAAUCUAAUAACGGAGAAGAUGCAACUUGGGGGGCCAUCCAUGCGGAUUACACAGCUGUUGGAGGAGUUGAGAAAGCAAAGCACAGCCGAGGUCCACCUUAAUGAUCUUCGUGGUGCAUUGUCAACUCUCACAACUGAAGGUUUUGUCACUGUUCAUGGAGACAACAUAAAGAGGCUAUGAGUGUGGACAAUUAUCUUUGAGUUAAUGGGCCUAUCUAAUUGUUACAGAGGAUGUGCUAAAUGCUCCUUCCCAGCCUGUUGUACCUUUCAAUGUUUCUUGAUCAGUAGCACACAAAAUAAAAAAAGAAAAGCUGUCAAUUGAGAACUAUUCCCAUGUGAAAACGCACUUACAGGCACACAAAUGAACAAAUUGUAAUCCACUAAUAUCUUAAUUUUUUUUUAUUUAGAUA